UAACGCUAUAAAGACCUUUUGAAACUUGCCUUCCUCACUCGUCUUGCUGCCAGCCAGCUUUUCACAAUGACCGACGCACUUGCCUCACAACUCGGCAACACAAAGCUAGGGUUUGUGGACUCCGCUCACCGCGAAGUGUGGAAUCAGCCAUGGACUCACAUCGUUCUACAGAGAUUCCAACAUGGACUCCGCUUGGAGAGAGAAAUUAAAUGUUCCCCCUAAAGACAACAGAACUCAGACCGAGGAUGUCACGGCCACUAAAGGACUCGAAUUUGAAGACUUUUAUAUCAAGCGCGAGUUGAUGAUGGGCAUAUUCGAGGCAGGAUUUGAGAAGCCCUCUCCCAUCCAAGAAGAGACGAUACCUGUUGCCCUUACAGGCAGAGAUAUCCUCGCGCGAGCAAAGAACGGUACAGGAAAGACCGCUGCCUUUGUCAUCCCUACACUAGAACGAAUCAACCCCAAGAGCACCAAGACCCAGGCACUCAUCCUGGUCCCGACAAGAGAGCUGGCGCUUCAGACCUCCCAAGUUUGCAAGACUCUCGGCAAGCACCUAGGCGUCAAUGUCAUGGUUACCACAGGUGGUACUGGCCUGAUGGACGACAUCAUCCGUCUGAAUGAUCCCGUGCACAUCAUUGUUGGUACUCCAGGACGAGUCCUCGAUCUUGCGAGCAAAGGAGUCGCCGACCUGUCUGAGUGCCACACGUUUGUCAUGGAUGAAGCCGAUAAGCUCCUGUCGCCUGAAUUUACCCCUGUUAUUGAGCAGCUGCUGUCGUUCCACCCGAAGGACCGCCAGAUUAUGCUUUUCAGCGCCACAUUCCCUCUAAUUGUGAAGUCUUUUAAGGACAAGCACAUGCGCAACCCUUACGAAAUCAACCUGAUGGACGAACUUACGCUCAGAGGAAUCACGCAGUAUUAUGCUUUUGUCGAGGAAAAGCAGAAGGUCCACUGUCUCAACACUCUCUUCUCCAAGCUGCAGAUCAACCAGUCCAUUAUCUUCUGUAACUCCACGAACCGCGUGGAGCUGUUGGCCAAGAAGAUCACAGAGCUGGGAUACUCUUGCUUCUAUUCACAUGCGCGCAUGCUCCAGCACAACCGUAACCGUGUUUUCCACGAUUUCCGGAAUGGAGUCUGUCGAAACCUUGUCUGCUCUGACCUGCUCACCAGAGGUAUCGAUAUCCAAGCGGUUAACGUGGUCAUCAACUUCGACUUCCCAAAGAACGCUGAGACCUACCUGCACCGAAUUGGCCGAUCCGGACGUUUUGGACAUCUGGGUCUGGCGAUCAACCUCAUCAACUGGGAUGACCGUUUCAAUCUCUACAAGAUUGAGCAGGAGCUCGGCACAGAGAUCCAGCCUAUUCCUCAGUCUAUCGACAAGAAACUCUAUGUCUACGAGUCCCCGGAUACCAUUCCACGACCUAUUUCUAGUUUGCCCCAAAACCAGCCCCGGCAGCUCACACAGGGCCAGCCCGGGAGCAACGGAGAACCUCAUCAACGUCGCAACAACCACCACACGAACGGCGGCCACUACAACUCGAACCGGGGGCGUGGUUCCUAUCGUGGAGGUCGGGGUCAAGGCCAGCGCCGCGGCGGACAAUAUGACGGAAACAAGUCUGGCGUGCCGCCCCAGGCUGGUGGAAAGUCCCAGCCCUUGCCGGCGUCCUAGGUCUCCUAAACGACAGAAGAGGCGCAUCUCUGUCCUCCUCGAUGCGCCUAAGAUUGAUGUAUGCAUGCUUUCUUCACGUUCACAUUUCCUGUUCCCUGGGAAUUCCCCACGCUUUU